UGGGGGAGGAUUGGAUGAGAUUAGCAUAGCGAAGAUUAAUAAUCAGAUAUUUAUAAAAAUCCGUAGACUAAUCUCUUCUUUGUGUGAUAAAUAUAUCAUUAAUACAUCGGUGUUGUGUAGAUGUGAUAGAAUUCUCCUGAAUACAAAUAUAUUACUGUUCAAUAUGUUAAAUAAUUUAAGUGCUUUUUAAACUGUAAACAAGUAAUAAUCACAAUGGUAGUGCGUAUAAGAAAUAUGUUAAGGUCUUUCCACUCGCGAAAUACCAGACAACCUGAAGGUGACACUGUCUCUUUUGAGGCUUUUGGCAAUGAAAGUGUUUCAGACUUUCCGGAUACUAAAGAAUCUUCUUUAACAGAGGAAUAUAAAAAAUCACCUAAGUUUAAUAAGGGAAAAGAAUAUGUUCAAUUUUCUCCACAAACAACAAAUAUAUCAGAAUGCUCACGUCCAAGCCUUGCUACAAUUUUACUUCUCGUACUUUUAACAGCCAUCUUCUUGAUUUUACCAAUAAUUUACUUGUUACAUGUUUUCGAUGUUAUUCAUAUUGCAAAAGAGGAUUUUCAUCAUUCUCGUCUUGCUAUGAAAGAUAAAGAACAUUAUGAACCAAGUUUAACGGUUCACGAACGGCUACAAAACGGCUUCCCUUACAUAUUAAGACAUCCAAAACGUUCCGAUUUACCUCCACCACCAAAACCGGAACCACAACAAUGUAAAAUUAUCACUGAUUCAGAGAAAUUCGAUUGUUACCCUGAAGAUGGAGCGAACCAACAGAAAUGUGAGGAAAGAGGCUGUUGUUGGGUAUCGAAAAAACAACAAAGAAUUCGAAAUGGAGUUCCUUUAGAUAUUCCUUACUGUUUUUAUCCAGGAAAUUACCCAACUUAUAAAUAUGUUAAUAUUACUGAGACUGCAUUUGGUUUGGUUGCUUUUUUAAAGAGAAAUUAUCGAAGUGGUUAUCCCAAUGAUACAGAAGUGUUAAAAAUGAUUGUUAAAUUUGAAACUGACAAGAGAUUACAUGUCAAAUUAACAGAUUCUUUAGUAGAUCGUUUUGAAACGCCUUAUCCUGAACUUCCUAUUGUGGAUAAAUCUUCUACUAAUUUGUCUUAUAAUAUUUUAAUUGAUGAAACUUCUACUGGUUUUAAAAUUGUUAGAAAAGCUGAUAAUACCACAAUAUUUGAUACUUCACGGUUGAGAAACUUGAUAUUUUCCAAUCUGUUUAUUCAGAUUAGUUCAAGGUUACCAUCUAAAUACAUUUAUGGUUUAGGAGAACAUAGAACAAAUUUACUCUUGGAUUUGAAUUGGCAAAAGUUGACUUUAUUUAAUCACGACGGUGCUCCAAGUGAAAAUGCAAAUUUAUAUGGAAGUCAUCCAUUUUAUUUAGUUAUGGAACAAACUGGAAAUAGUCAUGGAGUAUUUUUAUUAAAUAGUAAUGCUAUGGAUAUAAUUUUACAACCAACUCCUGCUAUAACAUACAGAACAAUUGGUGGUGUAUUAGAUUUUUAUUACUUUUUGGGUCCAACACCAUCAAACGUUAUUAGUCAAUAUACAGAGUUGAUUGGAAGACCUCACUUGCCACCUUAUUGGGGUUUAGGUUUUCAUCUUUGCAGAUUUGGAUAUAAAAGUGUUAAUGACACGAAAACUAUACUACAAAAAAAUUUAGAUGCGGGAAUUUUAAUUGAUACUCAAUGGAAUGAUUUAGAUUAUAUGAACUCAAGUAACGAUUUUACUUACGACCACGAAAACUUUAAAGAUUUACCACAAUUUGUAAAAGAAUUACAUGAAAAAGGAAUGCAUUAUGUUCCACUUAUUGACCCUGGAAUAAGCGCAAGUGAAAUUAAAGGAACUUACCCACCUUAUGAUAUUGGAAUUGCCAUGAAUAUCUUUAUUAAAAACAGUACUGGUCAACCAUUCAUAGGGAAGGUUUGGAAUCGUGUUAGCACCGUUUGGCCUGACUUUACAAACCCAAAAACAGUUGAUUAUUGGACGUUAAUGUUAAAAUCUAUGCAUGAUAAAUUUCAAUAUGAUGGUGCUUGGAUAGAUAUGAAUGAACCGGCUAAUUUCUUAUCUGGUUCGGUUAAUGGAUGUCCAAAUUCCGAUUUAGAAACACCACCCUAUGUUCCUGGAGUCCUUGGAGGACAAUUAAAUUAUAAAACACUUUGUAUGACAGCUCAACAUUACAUUGGGUUACAUUACGACGUUCAUAAUAUAUACGGAUUUUCAGAGGCGAUGGUGACAAAUUUUGCUUUAGCUGAAAUUCGUGGAAAGCGACCUUUUGUUAUUUCAAGAGCUAGUUUUCCAGGACUCGGAAAGUUCGCUGGAAGAUGGAGUGGAGAUGAUUAUUCGUUAUGGCAUGAUAUGAAAUAUUCAGUUCCACAAAUGUUAAGCUAUAGUUUGUUUGGCAUUCCUUUAAUGGGAAGUGAUAUUUGUGGAUUUAAUGGAAACACAACUGUUAGUUUGUGUAAUCGAUGGGUUCAAUUAGGAGCUUUUUAUCCAUUUUCAAGAAGUCAUAACACAGACGAUGGAAUACCACAAGAUCCAGUAUCUCUUGGUCCAGGAGUAACAGAAUCAGCAAGAAAAGCGUUAGAAAUUCGUUAUUCUCUUUUACCGUAUUUAUACACAUUAUUCUGGUGUGCAAAUGUGGAAGGUGAAACUGUCGCUCGGCCUGUUUUCUUUGAAUAUCCCCAAGAUGCGAUGACUUACAACAUUGAUUACAUGUUCUUUUGGGGAUCGGCGGUUUUAAUAAUCCCCGUUUUAGAAGAAAAUAAUCUGUCUGUAGGAAUAUAUUUACCUAAAAAUAUUUGGUACGAUUAUUACACCAAACAAAGAAUAAUUAGUACCGGUGAAAAUAAAACUUUGGCGGCCCCGUUAGAUAUGAUUCCCAUUUUGAUUAAAAGCGGAAGUAUCAUUCCGCAACAACAACCGAAUAAAACUACGACAUUUUCGCGUCAAUCAAAAAUUGAGUUACUUUGUGCACCAGAUAUUAAUAAAAUGGCUAAUGGAAAAUUGUAUUGGGAUGAUGGAGAUUCUUUAAAUGUCGUUGAAGAAAGGAAAUAUUCUUUAUUACAAUUCCAAUUAAAAACUGGAAAAUUAACCAGUGAACCUGUUUGGUGGAAUGAGGUUCAUCCCCCAAAUUUAGGGGCUGUAACUAUUAUGGGGAUGUUUGAUCCGGUUAGAGAAGUGAUGAUUAAUAACGUUUCACAAAGGUUUAAAUACGAUACAAUCUACAAAUACUUAAUCAUUGAUAAUUUAGAUAUCAAUUUUUCAAACGCAAUUGUAAUAACUUGGCAUUAGAGAAACCAAAAAUGAACGUCUCGACGCCCAACAAAAUAUGGAUAAAUAAAGAAUUUAUUUCUUUAAUAAUAAGACUGUUAUGAAUCAUUAUUAUUAGUAUUUUUAAACAAUUAGAUUCAAUCUUUGAAUUUGAAAAAGUAUUUUAGAAAAUAUCUUAUUCCAAUUUAGAUGUUAAAAAUAGAGUGUCUUUAUACUUAAAAGAUCUUGUGUCAUAACAAUUCAUCUAGUUGAUAAAAUGCCAAAGUUUAGUGUUAAUUAACUUAGAUAUUAAAUAAUAAAAUCAACGAAAUCUCGUCAGUAUAAAUAAUGUUUUAAAAAUCUUCAUGUUUUUUGUUUCCUGAUGAAGAACGGUUUUCGAGUGUGAAAUUUACUGUAAACAUAGAGGAUAUUGAGGUUUGCAGAGAUUAUUUUUUUUAUCUGCGAAAAUAAGUUUUAAAUGAGUUUAAAAUAAACACAAAGUAUAAGAAUAA